AUGGCCUCAGAGAUUCAGCCUUCAAGGCUAGGGACUAAAGAACACUGGGAGGAAGUGUACACUCGUGAGUUGAGAAAUUUCGAAGAGUUUAGCGACGAAGGCGAAGUUUGGUUCGGGAGGGAUAGCGUGGAGAAAAUAGUGGAUUGGUGUCUAGCCAAUAUCCCACCGUCGUCCCUGCCUUACUGCCUCGACAUCGGAACAGGGAACGGAUCUCUCCUGUUCGCACUUGCCGAUGCCGGGUAUGAACCGAACAGGCUCCAGGGCAUAGAUUACAGUCCCAGCUCAACAUCUCUUGCACGCGCGAUUGCCUUUAAGCGCAAUCCAAUCCAAUCAAUAGCGCUCGAGACCUUCAAUUUCUUAGGAGAGAAUCCUUGGGGACCAUUAAAGCUAUAUCCUGAACGCGCGAGUAACGCCCUCAGAGAGGGAGGCUACUUCAUCAUCACCUCAUGUAACUUUACUCAAGACGAACUUAUAGCAGCAUUCACCCAUGAAGGAUUAAGACUGGCCUUCCACUCCAGAAUCAAAUACCCAACAUUUACGUUUGGAGGUCAGACAGGAAGCGCGAUAUCCACAGUGGCUUUCCAAAAAAAAUGA